UGUUUGGCGUGCUCUAAAGUAGGCCAGCGUGCACGGAUGAGAAGCUCUUUGUCGGCUCUGGAUGAGUGGAGCGUGGAUAAACAUAUUCACCACUUAGUGGAUCUGACAGCGGCUCAGAAUGUGAACACACUUGCGUCAACUUUAGCUUCAUCAAAGUGAGUCAGACAGCGUUCGUGUUCUCCUUGUUUUUCCAGCGCUAACCGUGCCAAAUGCUGGGAUGGCUUGUGGCUUUGUGUGCUGUGGUCCUGGUGAUCUUUUUGUUGCCGGGCUCCAAGUAUUUUGGCAGCCAGCGCCGGUGGGAUGCUUGGUUUCAGAGACAGGAGAAAGAGGGGAGCGGAGAGCGGCGCGCCUCAGCCGGGGCUGCUGCUGCGCGCGGCGCCGUGGAACUCGUCUGCAAACCCUCCGCGCUGGCGAACUACCUGAAGAAGCACUGCAGGACUUUCACUGAUUACGCGACGUGUGCGGGCUGGACGUGGCGGUUCAGCGUCUUCAUCCUGAGCGCGUUCGAGCUGUGCUGGCCGUAUUACAGCCCGGUCCAGUUCGUGCGGGACAACCUGCAGCUGAGCGACGACGGGCUGGUGGCGCUGGACUGGGCUGUGCCAUCCUACCAGAAGAGACGCAGGACUUCCAGUCAUUCCAGCAGCCCGGUCCUGCUCAUCAUCCCCAACUCUUUUGGGAAGAUCACAGGAAACUUGUUAAAGUUGUGUGAAGUGGCGCUGUCACAUGGAUACCUACCAGUGGUCUUCAACCGCCGCAGCCAAAACGCCACUCCCCUCACCACCCCCAAGCUGCAACAGUUUGGCGACCCCACCGAUCUGCGCGAGGCUGUGCGCUACAUUCGAUACCGUCAGCCAGCAGGGCGACUGUAUGCAGUGAGCGAGAGCUCUGGAUCUGGCCUCCUCCUCUCCUACCUGGGGGAGUGUGGGUCAUCCAGCUAUGUGACAGCAGCUGCAUGCUUGUCUCCUGUGUUCCGCUGCCAGAGCUGGUUCGAGAGUGGACUGUGCUGGCCACUACAAUGGGCUUUAACUCUGUACCAGAAGAUGUCCCUUAGCAGGUACAGGACAGCUCUGGCUGCUACUGUGCAAAUGGAAGCCUUGUUUUCCAGCUGUUCUCUGCGUGGUGUGGAGGAAGCAUUAUUCUGUCAAACUGGGACCAGCAGUUUCAGCAUUACAUCAGGUGCCUGGGAUGCUUAUUGGGAACGCAAUGAACCCCUUAGAGAUGUAGACGAGGUGGCUAUUCCUGUUUUGAGUGUGUGUGCAAAGGAUGACCCUGUGCGGGGAGAUGCCCAGUCCACUAUACCUUUGGAACUCUUUGAAACAAACCCCCAUUUUUUUCUUCUUCUAACUGAACGAGGAGGUCACUUGGGUUUCUGCACCCAGCCGGAGAAGAGAGCCUUUGAUCUGGGUGCGUCUGCUUCAUACUUUGGGAUGGAAGGCUGUGUUUCCAACUGGAGCCACAGAGCUGUAUUUGAGUUCUUCAGGGCAACAACAGACUUUUUCAGCGUAGAGGAGAGGUCGAAGCAGCUCGCUGCAAAGAGACGGGGGCUUGGGGGUGCAGCUGGAAGAGCUUUCCGGCAUCGCAGUAUCAGUACAUGUAAGCGAGUCCCUGCGUGUUCUCACAACAUACAUGCCAUUUACAACUGGCAAAGGUCCUACACACGAUGAUCGAAGCUAAAUGGAAAAUGAAGUUUUGAACGCUGUAUGUCCGCAAUGUGAUGGGUAUUAAAAGCACUCUCAAAUGCAUCUUCGGUUUUCUUCAGUGAUGUAUUCAGGACUGUAAAUCUGUGCCUCCCCGGACAUCAGCUGAUGAGACAUCACUGAUAGUAAUUCAGUACAAAUGUGCAUUGUCAUGUUUGUGCACAAAACAAACGUUAAGAAAUGCUGAUUCUUAAACUAUGUAGCACUAAUGAUGGCCUUAAUUUACUUUAUCUAUUUGAAUAAAAUAAACAGUAUUUUGUGAAACAAAAUUUGGGAGCAUUCCAUACUAAAUCUUUCCAUUUGCACCAUCGAACAUAGCAAUUUAAUUUACUUGUGGAAACUGCAUACAAAUGUUGAUGGUGUGAACAUAUUACCAUUGUUGAUUAGGUGCGCCAUAGUACAAUGGUGCAACUAUUUCUCUUUGAUGUAAAAAAAAAAAAUCACAUUUUCUUUACUCCUUAGUUUACAACUGCAGCCAGUCCAGUUUGUUUGUUUUCUGUGAAUGUAUAUUCAAAUUAUUAGAAAAACAAGAUUUUGUCGUAUCUUGAGGAAACAUUCACUGAUGCCCCCGAAAAAAAGACAUUGUGAAGGCGCUGUUCUUUUCUUUAAGAUUAAGUCUAAAAGUUCAAGGACUACAGGUCAAUUCUAUAAUCCUAUGUUUUUAGUCAUGUGCAAUUGUUUAUCCCAGUUGCCUUGGAUGGAUGCCUAACACUGGUGCUUACGAUCUACCAGCCUCCCUGUGAGUCCAGUGACUCCUCCUUCUGAUAGCUGAACACACCUGAUCCAGGUGAUCAACUACAAGAAGUGCAGAGAGAGUUGGAAACAGGCAGGGUGGUAGUAGAUCUUGAAGAUCAGAGUUUGCUUGGGUUAUAACAGAUUGUGUCUUUUGGAUUUAGAAAAUGAAACAUUCACAUCAUUUUCUUUGCAACAGCUGAAAUGUAAACAUUUCAGAACUAGUAAAAAAUGUUAGGGUUUAGAGGUACUGACUUUUAAAGUAACUCAAGUAUCUAUUUGUAUAUCUGAAAUGCCUGAUGGAAAUUAAUGCAUCAGAAAAGAAAUACCCAACCAACAAGACUUGUUUUUCACUGAAGUUCACAAUAAAUUCUGUUUGGGCAUUCAUGUUUUUCACCAGAUCCACUUUUCUAAAUAUCUAUUGUUCUUGCUCUAUCAGUUAUGUUAUCUAAUUUAUGAUCUUUUUUUCCGUUUUAAAUUCCAGAGUUUGUAGUAUGCCCGUGCCUUUUUACUAUUGUUUUACAAGUGGCUGUAAAAUUUGAUUGUGUUUUGUUUAUAUAUUUUUCUUUAAAAAAAAAAUAAUUGGAGGUAAAGUAAAAAAAAAGGUUUGUAAAACACUUGAUGCCAAGGGGAAACUCCAAAUAAGUAAGUUGGCAAAAGUAGUAGCUUUUAAAAUAAAAACUUGAGAUUUGAACUUUCAGUAAACUCUGUAGCUGAAGGCAUUUUUCAUUUUCUGUCGCCUCUCAGACUUUAGGACCUUUUGCCUUUAUCUGCUCAAGAGAUUAAAGCAGUGGGGCCCAUACUGUUACUGUGUCAAUCUUCAACUCUCAGUUGAAGACAUAUUACACUUUCUGAGAAACAUUUUUCCUUGAAAAAUAAAUAUUUGUACUUUUUCUUGUUUUUUUUUGUCAAUAAAGAUUGCAAAUUGAGUAAAAA